GCGUUUUACGCUAUCCAGAUUUUUUUAUGUACCCCGACUAGAAACCCUAAUUCUGAUUCUGCGUAUUACCGAGCGAGGAACCUCUUCGAAGGGAGAACACAAGAAAGUUGAAAUGGCUGGAAUCGGACCGCUUACACAGGAUUGGGAGCCGGUGGUCAUCAGGAAGAAGGCACCCAACGCGGCUGCGAAGAAGGAUGAGAAAGCUGUCAAUGCCGCACGGCGAGCCGGGGCGGAGAUUGAGACUGUAAAGAAAUCUACUGCUGGCUCCAACAAAUCUGCUUCUAGCAGUACUUCUUUGAACACUAGGAAGCUUGACGAAGAGACUGAGAACCUUACACAUGAUCGUGUACCAACUGAGCUGAAGAAAGCAAUUAUGCAAGCACGAACAGAGAAGAAGCUUACUCAGUCUCAGCUUGCGCAACUUAUUAAUGAGAAGCCUCAAGUUAUCCAGGAAUACGAAUCUGGUAAAGCUAUUCCAAAUCAACAAAUCAUUACCAAACUUGAGAGAGCUCUUGGAGCAAAACUGCGUGGGAAGAAAUAAAGAGAUGUGGAAAGUUAAGUAUGAGUUCUGCACAAGCUUUUGUUUGAACCAUGCACAAAAGUUUAUUUCCUACUGUGGUUUCAAUGUGUAAUUAUAUUCGACCAUCCUUGUGUGCUUUUAUAACCACUGUUGCAAUGUCUUUGUAAGUUCUUACCUGGAAAUAAAUGAAUAUCAUGACUGUCAUGUUGCGUUAGUUUCCAGAUGUUUUGGCUGUACUUUUCACAUCAGAAUUAAAUGGCUGCACCCAUGACCAUUAAUAAGUUAGAACUUUGUAUUGAGAGCGUA